AUGGAGCUUCUGCUCCUGCUUCUGCUUCUGCCUCACCUGGCGCCCGGGGCCGCCAUCCCGAGAUCGCCAGCCCUGAUGUCCCUCGGUAGCCUUCACUUACCAGCCCGACCCACAUCCCGCCCCUCUAUAGCCAGGAACUACUCGAUUUUCUACUUCAAACAGAAGGUUGAUCAUUUUGGAUUUGAUGUUAAUAAAACUUUUAAACAGAGGUACCUAAUAGCUGAUAAAUACUGGAAAAAAGAUGGUGGAUCAAUACUUUUUUACACUGGUAAUGAAGGGGAUAUUAUCUGGUUUUGCAAUAAUACGGGAUUCAUGUGGGAUGUGGCUGAGGAACUGAAAGCUAUGUUGGUGUUUGCUGAACAUCGAUACUAUGGAGAGUCUCUACCCUUUGGUGCCAACUCAUUCAAGGAUUCCAGACACUUGAAUUUUCUGACAUCAGAACAAGCUCUGGCUGAUUUUGCCGAGUUAAUCAAACACUUGAGACGAACAAUCCCAGGAGCUGAAAACCAACCUGUCAUUGCACUAGGGGGCUCUUACGGUGGCAUGCUUGCGGCAUGGUUCAGGAUGAAAUAUCCUCAUUUAGUGGUUGGAGCUCUUGCAGCCUCUGCUCCUAUCUGGCAGUUUGAGGAUUUGGUACCAUGUGGUAUAUUUAUGGAGAUUGUAACUAGAGAUUUUAAGAAAAGUGGCCCAUAUUGUUCAGAGAAUAUCCGCAGAUCCUGGAAUACUAUUAAUCGACUUGCAACUACUAGCAGUAGUUUGCAGUGGCUUUCUGAGGUCCUUCACUUAUGCAGCCCAUUAAAAAAUUUUCACGAUGUUCAGAUGUUGAAAGACUGGAUCUCUGAAACUUGGGUGAACCUGGCAAUGGUGGACUACCCUUAUGAGUGUAACUUUUUACAGCCUUUGCCUGCUUGGCCUAUUAAGGUAGUAUGCCAGUAUUUGAAAGAUCCCGAUGUAUCUGAUCAGCAGCUGAUGCAGAAUCUUUUCCAAGCUCUGAAUGUGUAUUACAAUUAUUCGGGCCAGGUGAAAUGCCUAAAUAUCUCAGAAACAGCCACUAGCAGUCUGGGAUCCUUGGGUUGGAGUUAUCAGGCAUGCACAGAAAUAAUCAUGCCCUUUUGUACUAAUGGUGUUGAUGACAUGUUUGAACCUCGCUCAUGGGAUUUGAAGGAAUUGUCUGAUGACUGUUUUAAACAGUGGGGUGUGAGACCAAGGCCCUCCUGGAUCACUACUUUGUAUGGAGGCAAAAAUAUCAGUUCUCAUAGGAACAUCAUUUUCAGCAAUGGUGAACUAGACCCAUGGUCUGGAGGCGGAGUAACCAAGAAUGUCACGGAUACUUUGGUUGGGAUCAACAUCCCCGAUGGUGCCCACCAUUUAGAUCUCCGAGCCAGCAAUGCCUUAGAUCCCAAAACUGUGCUGUUAGCCCGCUCCUUAGAAGUUAGAUACAUGAAGCAGUGGAUCAGAGAUUUUCAUGCCCAUCAAGGAAAAGCAGUACUGAACAACUUUUGAUCUUCUUUUUACUCCACCCACAUUCCUAUUCACUUUUGGUUUUUCUACAAGUAAUUUUCUCCCUCUUUUAUCAUUAGAUUUGUUGGGG